GACGCGACCUGCAGGCGACGCGUUUGCUUUGCGUCAGGCCUGGGUGUCGGUCGGUGUCGGCUCAGGCCUGAGCGCGACCCUGACUUUGUGGUCUCCGUGGCCGGUCGGGUCCUGGGCCGCCGCCGGAGCAUGUGGGCGCUCGUGGGGCGGGCUCUCGCGCCGUGGGCCGCCGGGGCCCGGCACGCGGCUGCCUCGGAGCCCAGAGCCGCCUGCAGGCUCUUCAGCGCGGCCGAGCUCAAGGAGAAACCUGACAUGUCUAGAUUUCCUGUUGAAGACAUUAGAAAUUUCAGUAUCAUUGCACAUGUGGAUCAUGGCAAAAGCACUUUAGCUGACAGGCUCCUGGAGCUAACAGGUACAAUUGAUAAGACGAAGAAAAAUAAGCAGGUUCUUGAUAAAUUACAAGUAGAGCGAGAAAGAGGAAUCACUGUGAAGGCACAGACAGCCUCUCUGUUUUACAGCUUUGGAGGGAAACAGUACCUUUUAAAUCUCAUCGACACACCAGGCCACGUUGAUUUUAGUUAUGAAGUGUCCAGGUCACUGUCUGCAUGCCAAGGUGUUUUACUGGUAGUCGAUGCAAAUGAGGGUAUUCAAGCUCAAACUGUAGCCAACUUCUUCCUUGCUUUUGAAGCACAGCUGUCAGUAAUUCCAGUUAUCAAUAAGAUAGAUCUGAAGAAUGCUGACCCUGAAAGGGUGGGAAAGCAGAUUGAAAAAGUAUUUGAUAUCCCUAGUGAGGAGUGUAUUAAGAUAUCCGCGAAACUUGGGACAAACGUUGACAGUGUGCUUCAGGCAGUCAUUGAACGAAUACCUCCUCCAAAAGUCCAUCGUGAAAACCCACUGAAAGCUUUGGUAUUUGAUUCCACCUUUGACCAGUACAGAGGUGUGAUAGCCAAUAUAGCACUGUUUGAUGGAGUGGUUUCCAAGGGAGAUAAAAUUGUAUCUGCACAUACUAAAAAAGCAUAUGAAGUCAAUGAAGUAGGCAUUUUGAAUCCUAAUGAACAGCCAACUCAUAAAUUAUAUGCAGGACAGGUGGGCUUUCUGAUUGCUGGGAUGAAAGAUGUCACUGAAGCACAAAUAGGAGACACAUUACAUUUACAUAAUCAUCCAGUGGAGCCCUUGCCUGGCUUUAAAUCAGCGAAACCAAUGGUAUUUGCAGGAGUGUACCCUAUAGACCAAUCUGAAUACAAUAACCUGAAGAGUGCUAUAGAAAAACUGACCUUAAAUGACUCAAGUGUGACAGUGCAUCGGGAUAGUAGUCUGGCCCUGGGUGCUGGCUGGAGGUUGGGAUUUCUUGGACUUUUACAUAUGGAGGUUUUCAACCAGCGACUAGAGCAAGAAUAUAAUGCUUCUGUCAUUUUGACGACCCCAACUGUUCCAUACAAAGCUGUGCUUUCCUCUGCAAAAUUAAUAAAGGAAUAUAAAGAGAAGGAAAUCACAAUCAUCAACCCUGCACAGUUCCCCGAGAAGUCCAAAGUAACAGAAUAUUUGGAACCUGUUGUUUUGGGCACUGUUAUUACACCGACUGAGUACACUGGAAAAAUAAUGGCUCUUUGUCAGGCACGAAGAGCAAUUCAGAAGAAUAUGACUUUUAUUGAUGAAAAUAGAGUUAUGCUUAAAUAUCUCUUCCCUUUGAAUGAAAUUGUGGUAGAUUUUUAUGACUCUUUGAAGUCUCUCUCUUCUGGAUAUGCAAGUUUUGAUUAUGAAGAUGCUGGUUACCAGGCUGCAGAACUAGUUAAAAUGGAUAUUCUGCUGAAUGGAAAUAUGGUGGAAGAGCUUGUAACUGUGGUCCAUAGAGAGAAAGCCUACACUGUUGGCAAAAGCAUAUGUGAACGCCUGAAGGAGUCUCUUCCCAGACAGCUGUAUGAGAUAGCAAUUCAAGCUGCUGUUGGGAGCAAAGUUAUUGCAAGAGAAACAGUGAAAGCCUACAGAAAAAAUGUUUUGGCAAAAUGUUAUGGUGGUGAUAUUACCCGGAAAAUGAAACUUCUGAAGAGACAGUCCGAAGGGAAAAAGAAGCUGAGGAAGAUUGGCAACAUUGAGAUUCCAAAAGACGCUUUCAUAAAAGUCCUGAAAACCCAGCCUAAUAAAUGACUCAAGGGCAGCAGGCGUUCUCUGUUCCUUCUAACUUAUAGUGACAGCAGAAUGAAAACUCUAAGAUGCAUAUUACUUUCAGGGUCUUCAACUAUGACCUGCUUCAGUGGUUCUCAACCUUCCCAAUGAUGCCACCCUUUAAUAUAGUUCCUCAUGUUGUGGUGACCCCAGACAUAGAAUUAUUUUUGUUGCUACUUCAUAACCUUAAUUUUGCUACUUUUAUGGAUCAUAAUGUAAAUAUACUAAUGUAAAAUGAGUAUGUCUGAUAUGCAACCUCUGUGAAAGGGUUGUUGGACCCUAGCUGAGAAGUGCUGACUUGUUGGUAGAGAAGAGGUUAAAUGUAUGCUACAGUGCUUAUUCUCUCUUUCACUAGUAAUCUCCACAGAAUUCCUUACCUAUCUUUAAGACUGAGAUUAUAUUGCUACACUGCCUCACAGGUAACUUUGGAAAUUGAAGGAGGUUAAUACAUUUUAAAUAUUCAUGAGGGGCAAGCAGAGUAUGUUAUACAUUUAAUCACAGUGAAUUUUAAACUUUCCUUAUACUUUUUUGUUUUUUGUUUUUAGUGUCUUGAGACAGAGUUCUGCCAUGUAGCAUGGCUAGCCCAAUGUCUUAAGUAGGGGUUUACUGCUGUUUUGAGACACCAAUGACUACAGCAACUCUUAGAAAGGAAAACAUUUAUUUCUUUGGGGCUGGCUUAUCCUUUUAAAGGUUUAGUCCAUUAUUGUCAGAGUGAGAAGCACGGCAGUGUGCAGGUAGACAUGGUGCUGGAGAAGUGGCUGACAGUUCUACAUUUUAAUGUACAGGCAGCAGCAGGAGACUGUCACACCAAGCCUAGCUUGAGCAUAUGAGACCUCAAAGCUCGCUUCUACAGGGACACAGUGCCAUUCCCCCUAAUAGUACCAUUCCCUGUAGGCCAAGCAUUCACACAUGAGUCUUUGGGGAGCAUUUCUGCUCAAACCACCACAUACCUCAAACUUGUGACCAUCUUUCCACCUCAGCCUUCUCAUUGUUGGGAUUUUACAGCCAUUUGCUACUGUCUUCAACUUUGCGCGGGCUUUCUUACAGACGCUAAGAGGAGCCCUAAUUACAUCAAGUAGCAACUUUCUGGAAUCACCUUGUGUACAGUUUUUAGCUCAAACGCUUUAUCUGAUAUAUGACUUGCUUUUUAAGAAAGAGACUCAAUGUAUUACUAGACAUUUGUUCUGGAUUUUUAUGCCUAUACAUUGAAUCAAGAUUUCUGUAUCUUGCUUUUGAUAUUAUGAAUACAUUCCUGCAAAAUGACAUAAUUUGAUAUUAGCAGCAGCUGUUAAUAAAUUAGAAGCUAUUAACUAAACAGACCUAAAUGACAGCUAAUAAAUGGAUUAGUUUCAUGUUCAUAACAAACUGAAAAAUACAUGACUCCAAGAAAAAGUCUUGAUACUGGAUUUUAUUUUCUGCCGUCUAUCUUGAGCAUGACAUAAAUCUGGUAGCAAAAAAGGUUACAGAUGAGUCUUAGCAUUUUGAUGGGAUUUUAAAGUGAGGAUUUAUAAGUUAGGUAGCCUUAGUUUAUCCUAUUACAUAAACCAUCUCACUUCUCCCAGCUUGAUUUGCUAGGUAUAAAAUAAGUUCCCACCACAGUAUCUUUUUAAAAUGGCAAUAUAUUUGAAACUAAGACAAUGCAAUUGUUAAAAUGUUGUUCUUACAUUAUUGCUAAGGGGAAGUAAAAAACUGGUGCAAUCUCUACCAUGUAGUGCUUGAGCUACUUAAGAUAUGGGCUAUUCUUUAACCCAUAAUUCCUUACGAAUUAACGUACUAACAGGAGAAAACAUUUGCUAGGCUGAAUUUUGAGUUACAUAACUUGAGCUUAUUCCUUCGGGUUCUAGAAUCACAAUUUGUAUAGUCAUAUGACAAAAAUAUAAUUGCCACUUAAUAAAUGGGUUGCCAGUGUGCUGAGUUAAAUACACUUUUUUCAGUCUCCGUAACAGCAGAGGGUAAGAUGCUGCCACUUAUAUCCCCUGGUGACAGAAGCUAAAUGUUGGUUUUGCUUCAAAGACAAAGAUCAUUGCUACAUCUGACUUAUCUUCAGUGGUUUCUAAGCUUCUUAAUAGUAUAUCACAGUAAGUUAGGAUGCUACAGUGAUCAGGGAAGUGCUGAGGAGAGACACUGUGAGACAGCAUUAGUGCUAGAAUGAAAAAGAUCUUUUUUUAGACCUUUGGAGCAGAGGGAAUGAAUGGUACAUCAGAAGAGACCUUAAACUUUACAUGAUGAUGCUAAACAGCCAAAGAUGGGGUAAUCUUGAGUAAACAUGUUAGUGUUAAAAUCAUUAUUGCAGGAUGGAUGCUACUGACUUGUUAACUAAAAUGUUAAGAGCAUAAGGACCCCUUGAGCAAAUUGAUUAUGAUUCUGCCAGGUAUUUUUCUAAGCAGAAUGUAAUGAUGUAGUGUGACUAUAUGUCUAUUAUAGGGCGAAAGAGAGGAAGAACACCAGUAAGGCUAACUUCUACUUUGUGGGGUACCUGUCUGAAUGAUGUACCAGUUUUAAUACUAAGUAGGGAGGCAGAAUAGCCUAAGAGAGAUUUAGAACUCAUCUUAAUUUUAGAAUAGUCCAUAGUAUUCCUAUGUGGUGUUCUUCAGCAGGCUAUUGGAAAUGUGAAUUUGAAGGUCAGAAGACAGAUCAUAGUGCAAUGAAUCCAAAGAGGUUCCAGGAUAUAUAUUUAAGUGCUCGGGGAUGUGAAACCCUGUUGUGUGGGGCUUCUCAGCUUCCAGUAAUUUGUAUAGCACCUUUAUACUUCCAUGGUUGUUUGAUAUCUAUCUAAUAUAUAUGCAUAUGCAUUUUAAUAUUUAUGCAUUAUAUAUAUUUAUGUAUGUAUAUUUGGCUUAGUUUCAUGAAUAACAGCUAUUAAGACAUAACUGGGAAUUAAAGCACCAUUGUUGGUGA